AGGCUGAGGCCUUCAACACUAUUGAAGAUUUUAGUUAAAGACAAUCAUAUAUUAGUUAUAUUUAAUAUUAUAUUAAUUGUGUUGUGUUUAACAUCAACAACAAUAUGCUUACCAAUCAUCUCAAGACAGACCCGAAACGUGCACUCAGAUGUCGGUGCGAUGUUAUAUUUGCAACGAUUUGGUUAUAUGAAUGAGUCGGUUGCGGCCAAUUUGGUCUCAGAAAAGACUUAUUCCGAUGCAGUCUUGGAGUUCCAGAGGUUUGCUGGACUUAACCAAACAGGCCUUCUGGACGAUGAAACCAUUCAAACAAUGAAUUCUCCGCGUUGUGGCAACAAAGACAAAGUCGGACACAGCGAAGAUGCCAAACGAAGGAAACGAUAUGCAUUACAAGGUUCUAAAUGGAGACGAAUAGACCUAACGUAUAGGAUAUCACAAUAUCCGACAAAAUUUUUGAGUAAAAAACAAGAAAUCGAUAAAGAGAUGGCUCGAGCUUUCAAGAUAUGGUCAGAAGUAACACCGCUUACAUUUGAAGCCAAAAAGGAGGGUCGGGUACACAUUGAUAUCAGAUUUGUAAGUGCAGAGCACGGGGAUGGAGACCCGUUUGAUGGUCCGGGCAAUACUCUAGCCCACGCAUACUUCCCUCAAUAUGGAGGCGACGCUCACUUUGACAAUGAAGAGUAUUGGACUAUCUCUUCAUAUGCCGGUACAAAUGUGUUUCAAGUGGCAGCUCAUGAAUUAGGACAUUCAUUAGGUUUGGGUCACAGUAGUGUCCGGGACUCACUAAUGGCACCUUUCUAUCAAAAAUAUAAACCUAAGUUCCGAUUGCACCAGGAUGAUAUACUGGCCAUACAAGCACUAUAUGGUGUUCGCCAUACUGCCAGUGAUCCGGCAGAUAAACCGGUCGAUAAACCAAAGCCAUUAGAUCCAGACCCGAGUGCCGAUGGCCCUGAUCUAUGUCAAGACAGCUCAGUCGAUGCGGUCACUCGUAUUAGUGAUGGUACGACCUAUGUGUUUAAAGGACAGCAUUAUUGGAAAAUAGAGACAACUGGUAUCGCAGAUGGCUAUCCCCGAAAAAUAUCGAGUGAUUGGGACGGAUUGCCCGGCAAUUUGGACUCAGCUCUCACUUGGGCUGACGGCAAAACAUUCUUCUUUAAGGGCGAUAAGUAUUGGAGGUUCAAGAAUAUGCAUAUGGAUAAGGGAUACCCUAAACCUAUUAGCACUGGUUUUGCUGGCAUUCCAGACAAAGUGGGCGCCGCUUUCGUAUGGAGUGGUAAUGGAAAGACUUAUUUCUUUAAAGGUAACGAGUAUUGGAGAUUUGACAGCAAAAAUGAUCCGCCGGUUAGCAAACAAUAUCCAAAGCCAAUCAAGAACUGGAACGGAUUGCCCAACAAUAUCGACGCCGCUUUCAAGUGGGAGAACGGAAUGUCAUAUUUCUUCAAAGGAUCACAAUAUUUCCGCUUCAAUGAUGUCGACUUUGAGGUGGACACUAAAGCAAAACCUCCAUUCCCUCGACAAACUGCCCAGUGGUGGUUUGAUUGUCAGGCCGCUAGUCGUAAACAAAAGAAGGGAAGUAUCAUAACAAGGAGUGGCAGUUUAGUUAAAGAUGACAAACACACCGUCUAUGUUGGCAAUGGUGAUAGCAAUGACAUGGAAUAUAUGGCCGAUGAGAGGACCAGCACAUCAAAGUCAAUGGACGCACAUAUAGUCAAAGUAGAUAAAGAUGACAAAGAGUGGCGAAUGCACGGUCGUCCUGAUCAGGACGAGGUGGCAAUGGCCAGGGAGUCAGGAACAACAUCUAUCAGUUCACUCAGCUGUAAGACUAACCCAAUACUAAUGCUAUUUCUAUUUAUUUCAAUUUUCAAAUAUGUAUUAUUUUAUGGGUCAGCUACCGGUGAUAUACCAUGAAUACCAUGAAUUGGUUCAUUUAUUAUAUUACAAAAUACAUAUAAACUGUGUUUUAAUUUGUUGUCAAACUUAUAACUAACUGAUGGAUGGCUUAUUAGAC